ACAUCUAACUAUCAAAAUUUCGGAGCCACUCUUUUCUCAGUUUGACUAUACAUAUUUUCCAAUUGAUAUAACUUAUAUCUCCAGAAGAAAAAUCAUUUUGUAAACUUGUGAAGUGAUAAAUUCUGCUUCAUUUUAAUACACCCAAAGUUAGUGUAAAUUUUGGAGUUCAUUGAUAUUUCAAGGAUUGUGUAAUAAAAUUAUUGGUGUUAUAAAAGUGAUCUUUCUGCUGUUUGGGGUUAAGUUCGAUGACAGUAAGCAUUUUAGUGGUCAUUCUCAGUCAGAAAGCAAAUGGCUAUUGUAUUAACUCGUUGAUACGCUCAAUGUCUUACUAAGAUGUAGUCUUUCGUAUCUUAAUGUAUACAUCAUUACAAAAAUCAUUACGCAAUUACCCCUGGGAUAAGUGUUGAUAUUUGUGAACUUCUUUUAUUCCAUGACUCCUUCACCUGAUAAUACAUGAUCGUGAAAUUUUUCUUGCAUUCAGUUGACCAUCGACUCAAUCGUAACAAUCAUCCACUUAUUUUGUGUUAGUGGAAAAUGACAGUGUUAGAAGCAGAGGAAGACUCGGAUGAACGGUCCGUACCCCCUAGGAAAAAAUUUUGUUUAUCGCUUUCACGACGUGAUCAUAAUAUUUCAAAGAAUAUUACUCAGCCCCCUCAUUCGUCUUCACGAGGGGGCUUUUUCGAAGAUCAAGAUCUUCCAUAUAAUACUAGCAAAAUGUUGAAUGGAUAUCGAAGUCAACUAGGAACUCAUCAAGAUUCAUCGUAUGAUAUUUUAGGUGGAAGUUCAGAUGGAUUGAGAAUAGCAACUUUAUGCAAUCUCGGAAAUACCUGUUUUUUAAAUAGCGUUAUAUAUACAUUACGCUUUGCACCUUCAUUUUUGCACAAUUUGCAUCAUCUUGCAACUGAUUUGUCAAAUUUGAAUGAUAAACAGUUACAAACAAAGUUCAAAUCAUCAUCUCUUGGUCGUACCGGAGUUUCAUUGACGUCAAGUGGUAAUCGAAGCUGGAGUAGUAAAGAUCUAUCAGCUCUUUCAGGUAUUAGUGAAUUGAAUAAAUCUCGAAUUCAAGUAGCUACCGAAAAACUUCAUGAAUUGUUUGUGGCAUUACGGCUAUCUGAAACAAGAGAUAGUUGUGAACCUUAUCAACCGGAUGCUUUUUUACAGGCUUUAAGAGAUGUAAAUCCAAUAUUUGAAGGCAAUCAACAACAAGAUGCUCAUGAAUUACUUGUUUGUUUAUUGGAUAACAUUCGGGAAACAUUUCAAUUAUUAGUAAGAUAUAGAGAAAGUCAGUUUGGCCAAAGUAAUGGUGACAUGAUGGAUUUCACUAUGGACCGUUUGAUGGAUGUGCAAUUUGAAGGUAAUGGUUCUGGGAAACGAAGCAUACGUAAAAAAAAGCAAAAAAAAUAUCAACCAACACGAGGAAGUACUACUUGUUUAUCACAAACCAAUAUGAAUGGAAUUACACUACCUCCGAGAUCAUUCGAAAACGGUCAUAUGGAUUUCAUUGGUGGCAAUGGAGAAUUGAUAUCUCAUCGACCUGAAAGUAAAAAAUGUUUUAUUUCUGAAGAUUUUGAAGGUGUUAGUUUACUUCGUACUACUUGCCUGGAGUGUGAACAUGUUACUGAGCGUAAAGAAACUUUUUGCGAUAUUUGUGUUCCUAUUGAAACCGGCAAAUCAAAUGAAAAAGAUGAAAAUGGAAAAUUGAUAGAUGGUAGCGAGGUGUACAGACAUUCUGUGGUAACUAGUGAACUUUUGUGUGGAAGAGAUAAGUAUUGGUGCUCCAGCUGUUUAAGAUACAAUGAAGCUCGGCGUGCUGUCAGUUUUCCUGCGUUACCAAGACUUCUUGUUUUACAACUUAAAAGAUUUUCUACUGCAGCAGGUUCAAUGGAAAAAGUUAAUAAUUAUAUGCCAACACCAUUAACUCUACAAUGUUUUUGUGAAGAAUGCAGCAAUGAUCAACAAAGUAGUACAUCCAAUCGAACAUCAGAAUCCCGACACGUGUAUAAGCUAUAUUCAGUAAUAAUGCAUCAAGGUGCAACAUCAACUGCUGGUCAUUACAUAGCCUACACAAAGGUUCCAGAGGAUUCAAUGUUUACAGAAUAUUUCCGAUGUGAUCGUGAUGCUCGUCGUCAUAAUGUAUCACAGAGUAGUAGUAGUAGCAAUUCAACGAAUUCUGCAUCAUCAAGUAUCCUUAAGUGUUUUAGAAGCAAAUCCAAUAUCAGUGAAAAUAAGGAGCAUUUGAUAAAAAUGGGCUGUCGAAGUAUGGAAUGUUGUGGAAUACGUCGUGUAAAAAAUAUCGGAAAUACAUGGCUCGAGUGUGAUGAUGAAUUGGUCCGGGCCAUACGUGAACGGGAAUUACUUGAUAAGCUUGCACCAAAUCCACGUAACUCUGCGACACCAUAUCUUUUAUUUUACUAUCAGCAGGUCUCCGUCGACUUUGUAAACAUGGUAUUUACUGCCUGUACAUAUUUGGCCUUAGCUGGGGCUGCUUGGAUAUUACUACGUCUUCUACAAGCUUGCUUUUGGUUACCACGACAUUUAAAACAACAAAAUUCUAUGCAAAAAAUGCUACAAGAUAAAGUGGACGGUUACGAAAAAUAUAUAUUAGAAUGCGAACAAAAAGAACGCGAGGCUGCUGAAGCAAAAAAAAUUGAUGAAAAUACCAUAAAUGAAGAAGGUAUGAUCAAGCAAACCAUACCGAUAGAUGAAAAAAAGUGGAAAGAGCGAAGAGAAUGUUUGGAAAUGUUAAAGAAAGAAUUGAAACGGGUAAGUGAUGGUGGGGAUCCCUAUGACUGGGAUCAUCUUCUUGAAGAAGACGAAGAUGAAAAAGAAGAUAUUUUAAAUAAAGAAGACAACAAAGAUUAUAAUACAAAAGAAGAAACGUUCGAUAAUGAAGAGAAUUUAAAUAAAAAAGUUGAUAAUGAAUCAGAAAAAGAUGAAAGUAAAAAAGAUAAAUAAAAAUUAUCUCCAAUAAUUAUACACGAAUCAAAACAA